CUGGAGUCAUCUGGUGGGGUGCAGAGAGGCAAGGCCCUGCAGCACUUUCAUUUCUUCUCAGCUGUACUUAACCUUCUGCAUCUGCCAAGAUGAAUAAUGGUAUGUUUGUAAAGAACAUGUCCUUCAAGGUUGGACAAACCAUGACUGUUGUUGGAGUCGCCAAACCUGAGGCUGGAGAUUUUGCUGUGAAUAUCGGCCCCGGCGAGGACACAAUUGCAUUUCAUCUCAACCCUCGUUUCAAUGCCCAUGGAGACUCAAAUAUAAUUGUCUGCAACUCUUUCGAGGGAGGCAAUUGGUGUCAGGAGCAACGCGAGCAAAGUUUUCCUUUCUCCCUGGGACAGGAGUUCAAGAUCUCCAUUGAAUUCACUCCUUCAGAGUUUGUGGUGACUUUACAAGAUGGCUCAACAUUCCGUUUCCCCAACCGCGUCGGUGCAGAGAAAUACUCGGCCCUAAACUUUGAUGGGGAUGCUCGCAUUCGAAGCAUUGACAUCAAGUAAAGCGCCAUCGUUUCUCAUAUCUGGAUGUGAAAAAUGUUCUUUUUUUGUUUGUCUAGCAGCAGGUAAUAUAAAGUCCUAGGUCUUCAGCUUCCUGAAAACUUGUUAACCUUUAAUCUAAUUAUAGAUUUUCAUAGCUUACAGGAUAUGAGUUUGUUGAGAAACAGGUCCAAACAGCUAU